AUGACCACUGCCAUCACCACCACCAGCACCACCAUGAUCACCGCUACACAACUGCAUCAUUUGCAAGGGCCUAAACCUGCACCGUUGAUGAUAAACAAGAACUCCUCCAAGAUCAUCAAGAAGAAUAACACUAGUCAUCAACAUGACAAGCAUUUACUUCGAGGUAGGGGCUAUAAAUCUCCGGUGAUAGUUUACCUGAAGUCGCCGAAAAUCGUUCAUGUGCUCCCUCAUGAGUUCAUGACCACCGUCCAAAGACUCACCGGAAAAUCGGUCACUUCAUCUUCAAAUCAAACUCUUUAA